AUGGCCCGGCUGGGUGCCCUGCUGGUAGCCGCUGCCCUGGGCGCGGUGCUGAGCUUCGCGCUGCUGGCCGCCGCUGUCGCCAGCGACUACUGGUACGUCCUGGAGGUGGCGGACGCCGGCAACCGGAGCGGCCCGGGGCGCGCCGAGCACCUGUCCUCCCACUCGGGGCUCUGGAGCACCUGCGAAGGACACAGCAGCUGCAUCCCGCUCAUCGACCCCUUCACCAGCGAGAGCCUGGACACCUCUGUACAACACCUCAUCUCGCUGCACCGAGCUGUCGUGGUGGUCCUGCCCCUGAGCCUCAUCCUCCUCGUGUGCGGCUGGGUGUGUGGCCUGCUUGGCUCCCUGGCCCAGAGCGUCCCUCUGCUGCUCGUCACCGGCUGCUACUUCCUGCUGGGGGGUGCCCUGACCCUGGCGGGCAUCAGUGUCUACAUCAGCUACUCGCACCUGGCCUUUGAGGAGACAGCCCGCCAGUACGGGGCCCAGCACGUGCAGGCUGUGAACAUCAGCUUUGGCUGGUCCUCGGCCCUGGCCUGGGGCUCCUGCGCGGCUGAGGCGCUCAGCGGAGCCCUCCUGCUUGCGGCAGCCCACGCCCUCAGCCUGAGCCGGCAGCCUGGCGCCCCCCACUCCGUGGUCAUCUGA